AGUAACUUAGUAAUGCAAGUAAGUAUUUGCAUCCAUUAUUAUUUGGCAAAUAUUUGCAUCCAUCCAUUAUGUGUUUACUGUUUACUGUCAGUCACCAUAGUGGAAAAGUUUGAAGGCCGUCCUUAAGAUUUCUGCAAAUACAUGAUUAGUUCAAAUCGCUUUCAUUCUAAAUUCGCCUCUCUGAACUCAGUCCAUCACGAUCUGCCAAGAAAGUCAGUGAAAUUUUGACGUGUUUAUUAUUAUCAGUUUAUAUUAUCUGAAAGCCUGAAAAUGCUUGUGUAUGGAGAAGACUCAGAAAACGAUAAGAACCUUCGCCGCGUGUACCAGUGGAAUUCGGUCGACGUGUUGACGGAAAACGGGCUCUUCCAGCACGGCGAAGUGGUCGACGUGGCGGAGGACGGACUGAUCGUGGAUUUCGACUGCAGCGGACAGCGAGCGCAGUUUGUCAGCUGCGACAAAAUCUUCCACUCUGCCGUCGCCCCAUCUUCCACGAAUUUCAAGAAGAAGUAUGCAGAACUGGAGGAGAGUGAGGAAUCGGCGGCGAAUCAUAGCGUGGAAGUGCUGUAUCGCUCGCAUCCGGAUGCUGCAUGGCUGUGGUAUCCCGGCCGACUGCUCAGUCCGGCCAUGUUCUUUCAUCCGGACAAAAUCGGUCUUAUCAUCGUUCAGUUGCAGCAGGAUGGCGAACUGCAACAAGCUGAACUGUUUUCCCUCUACCAAGUGCGUUUUCCGCUUUCCAAGAAACUCUUGGCCAAACGAGCGCUGCAGCCGAACGCGUUCGUGUUGAGAGAGUGCCGGCUGGGCAGGGAUCAUGAGUCGACCGUGCCACCCGGGUUCGUCGAUCGCUAUGGGCUAAUCAUCCAGAAGACACAGCGCGUGCAUGUUGUGUCGAUUACCGGCCGGAGCUUGAUGUUUUUCCAGCGAAGUGAUGAGCAGCCAUUGACGGAGAUAGUGAAAAACAAUUACGAAGCGAUUCGCGAAGCCAUUCGUAAAUCAGAGGCCGAAAAACGAGCCGACUUAGGCCUGCCGUCCUCGGACAUCGGGAAGAAGCGGCAACAUCCCGGAGAUGACGAUGCACAGCCGCAUACGGGCGGCGUGAUUCCCACGGCAAUGCAUCUCUUGCGCGAGACCUUCGACUCACUGGACACCAUCAGCCGCGAGAAACUACGCCGCGUGUGUUCUUUGUGGAAUAGCAUCUUGACUGGCCCGGGCAGCGGUAAAACCGUUCGUAUUUCCUUUGCGACGAACCCCCUGGUCCCACCGGAAACGAAGAGAGUGUGCGGCGCUGUAAAUGGUGUAUCCAAGUGCGUCAGCAGUGAGACGCAACGGCUGAUUGUAGAGCACGUGAUGAGCGAAGCCGUGGAGAAUGUCUUGACGGUGCUUGGCUGGAUGCUGCGACAUGUCCACAUUAAACAGCUCAUCUUACACGAUGUGGGUAUCGAUUGGGAACUGUAUACAACGGCACAGCACAGUCUGGUAGUCGGGGCGUGGAUCCGGCCCAUCACGGUGGCCUUCGACAAUUUGACACCGUUCUGCGGUGAACUGAUGAUGUAUGAUUGUUUAUUCUUUUGUACAAGCUGGAUGGAGGCAUCUAUUCCGCAAGCGAGGAUUAAGCUUCUGGAUCCCGGAGAUAUUGAGGCACAGUUCUGGGAUAUUUAUGAAGCGCAUUUGUCCCGAGAUGCGAUAAAUUUGGGAGAAAUUGCUCAGUGAAUUCGCACAGGACCAGGAAUGUUUCGCUGGAAUGCUAUUUACAUUCUGUACAAUUAUCAGAGCCAAGAUCCGCGCUUGCCGAAUGCUUAUCGUGGUCGCGAGUGGACGGUGGAAACUCUGAACGAUGUGGACGUUUCUAAGCUUAACACCAUCACGCU